AAAGUAACGCAUUAGAGAAACAUCUAACUAAAAAAUAUCAUGGUAACGCGUGUAUAAUGGUGACAUCAUACGGUAAAAAUAAUAAGCCGUGCUAUUCACGGUGCGGCAAUUGCCAAAAAUCUGUGUCCUGUCCUAAAUCGUUAAUUCAUAACCUUUUCCUAUAUAAAACACUACACUGUGCAAUAUAAAAAUUGCUCAAAAAUGCAUAAAUCUUGAUAUUACAAUGCAAAAUUGUAAUAUAUUGUGUAUUUAUUGUUAAGUGAUUUUAAAUAAUAACCGCAAAAGUGGAGUGUGGAAGUUUGCGAGUGGGCAGUUCACCAAACAUGGCUUCAUCGAACAGAGGGAUCCAAGUUGGAUCAGCGUGGUUUCAGAGGAAAAUAAAUCUGAGACCACAACACAGGGGUGUACAUUUGGUUACUGAAGAAAUAUUACGCCAAGUACCCGAGCUUAGUCAAUUUAGUGUUGGCUUAUUUCAUGCUCAAAUAUUGCAUACAUCUGCUAGUCUGGCGCUAAAUGAAAGUUGGGAUCCCGAUGUUCGGGACGACAUGGAAAUGAUGCUCAACAAAAUUGUACCAGAAGGUUUGCCUUAUCGACAUUCCUGUGAAGGUCCAGAUGAUAUGCCAGCGCACGUGAAGGCAUGCUUUCUUGGAUCUUCAUUAACAAUUCCAAUAACCGAUGGUAAAUUAUCAUUGGGCACAUGGCAAGGUGUAUGGUUAUGCGAGCACCGGGAUCAUGCUGGUAGUCGUAAAUUGGUAAUAACGUUAAAUGGAUGUUUACGGGGUGAACCAAGCAGUCGUAGUCCUCUUUCACCAGUGAGUCCCAUAGCCAGUACGAGCAGCUAGGGAAGGGCCUCGGCGCACUCGGGGGCUCAUCAUCCACGCUGACCCUCCUGUUGCGCCGAUACGGCCACAAGCCGUAUCCUUUCCGCAUUAUGUAAUCGACGAUAAAUUUCAACAUCAAUCAUCCAAUAUGCCGGAAAAAUCGCGCGCGCCUUUCGAAUUAAAUCAUGUGCGUGUGUGUUGAGUGUAUUGGUGUUUCGAUAAUCACAUGUUGUGGAAAGGACUUUUUUCCAAUUUUUUAAAGUUUUCUUUUUUUAGUUUCUGUUUCCAUGUGACCAUCACAUUUUAUGGUUUCCAAACAUUCCAAAGCACAAUCA